AUGGUGAGCUUUGGUCGCCGCACAGGCGUGCUCGUGAGCUCGCUGCUUGCGAUGACACUAGCACAGAGUUCACUCGCUAGAGCUGCCUCAGUUGUGUCGGGCUCACCUCCGGGGUUCGCUGCGGGCACCACGGGCGGUGGAGACGUCGAGCCAGUGUACCCCACCACCAUCAAAGAGCUCUCGACAUACCUCAGCGACGACGAACCUCGUGUGAUUGUACUAAAGCAGGAAUUCAACUUUAUGGAGUCAGAAGGUAGCACUACGGAGGACGGUUGCCAUUCAAAAGGGGCGGCUGACUGUGCCGCGAAGAAGAACGGCUUUGAGCCGCAAGAUACGAUUCAGCCGACCUUCACCACUUGUGAUAAUACCAUGGUUAAAGUGACGUACGACAAGGCGGCCAAGACGCCGCUGAAAGUUGCCAGUAACAAGACUCUGGUAGGUGAGGGCACAAAAGGUGUACUCACUGGCAAAGGUAUCGAAAUCAAGGGCAACAACGUCAUCGUUCAGAACAUCCACGUCACCGAUUUAAACCCUCAAUACGUAUGGGGUGGUGAUGCUAUUGGUAUCAGCGGAGAUAACGGUGCAAUCCCUACAGGCAUCUGGAUCGACCACGUUAAAGUCACGAGCACGAAAUACUCUUCAUCGUGCGAUGGUCACCACUACUGGGGGUUUAUUAUCACGGGUGCGAAAACGGAGGUGACAUUGGUUGGAAACGCCAUUCAUGGCAUGUCUGGAAGAUCUCCGAAAAUCGGAGGCUCUGAAGAUAACGUCAUUGCGGUCCACGCUGUCAACAACUACUUCUACGACAAUACCGGUCACGCCUUCGAUGUAUCGCAGCGAGGUUACGUCUUGGCGGAGGGAAACUACUUCGACAAUGUGAAGACGCCCAACCAACCCGACCCAGAAGGAAACAUUUUCAUCCCUUCCUCGGCUGGAGACUGCAAGGAAACCAUUGGUCGUGACUGUGAGUUAAACGUACUUACGGACAGCGGAACUUUCACCAGUUACUCGGAGGACGAGGCGAAGAAGCAGAUUAGCACGUACAAAACCCAGAUCGGUGGAUAUAAGGCCGUUGCAGCUGCGAAGUUCGACGUGGCCAGUGGCAACUUCGGCGUCGGAGAUUUGGGCGGUAACAGCGUGACACAGUCGAGCGGCUCUGGCGCUGUGCAGCCAAGUACAAACUCCUCCUCUGAUCAGGAGACGAACACUCCUUCUGCUACCCAAGCCACGCAAGCAACACCUGCUCCAGCGGCGCCGGAGUCAUCCUCUAACCAGGGAUCAACAGGGACAGGAACCCCGUCGCCAGAGACUCCCGAGACUAAGACGAGUACAGAUUCCUCCGCUGGAGCUCAGAAGACGGAUGCUCCUUCUGCUCCAGCGACGCCGGAGUCAUCCUCUAACCAGGGAUCAGCAGCGGUUGGCACUCCGUCGCCACAGUCUCCCGAGACGCCUGAGGCUCCAACGACGCAAGGUUCGGGCUCAGAUGCUCCAGCGACUGCGCCUUCUCCUGAGUCUCCAUCCACGGAAGCCCCGACAGGAUCAGGGGCGCCUUCAACGGGAGCCUCCUCGGCUUCAGAUCCAGAACAAACCAGUCCAUCAACUAGCUCCAGUUCAAGUGUCAUUGGCUCUCCGAUAGGCUUCGCGUCGGGAACCACAGGCGGUGGCAACGCUGACCCUGUGUAUCCGAAAACGAUCAAGGAGCUUGGAACAUACCUAAGUGACAAGGAACCUCGGGUUAUCGUGCUCAAACAAGAGUUCAACUUCAUCGAUUCGGAAGGAUCAACGACUGAAAAGGGAUGUCAUUCGAAGAACAACAUCGACUGUACUGCUAAGAAGAACGGCUUCAAAGGACAAGACACGAUCGAGACGGACUUCAGUAAAUGCGAUGGCACUUCUAUCGACGUGACGUACGACAAGGCUGCCAUCACCCCGUUGUCCAUUAGUAGCGACAAAACUUUGAUCGGUGAAGGCACCAAGGGUGUCCUCAAUGGCAAGGGUAUCCUCAUCAAGGGCAGCAACGUCAUUAUCCAGAAUAUUCACAUCACGAACUUAAACCCGCACCUAGUAUGGGGAGGCGACGCGAUCGGUAUUAGUGGUGACGGAGACGACGUUCCUAAGGGCAUUUGGAUCGACCACGUCAAGGUUUCCAGUAUCGGACGUCAGAUGGUUGUUACCCACUUCAGUGGGGCUUCUGGAGUCACGAUCAGUAACUCGGACUUCGACGGAAACACGAAGUAUUCGCAGUCGUGUGACGGUCGUCAUUACUGGGGAUUCUUGAUCCUCGGAAAGAAGACCGAGAUGAGUCUGCUGGGUAACUACAUUCACAUGAUGUCGGGUCGAGGGCCUAAGAUCGGAGGCACUGAGGGAGAUGUCUCCGUUGUCCACGCCGCUAAUAACUACUUCGAAGACAAUAGCGGACACGCCUUCGACGUGGCAACGGGUGGGUAUGUGCUGGCUGAAGGCAACAACUUUGAUAGUGUGAAAACGCCCAACCAGCCCGACCCGGCUGGAAACAUCUUCAUCCCUGCGGCUGCUGGAGACUGCAAAGCUACCAUUGGUCGUGACUGCGAAGUGAAUGUACUCGCUGACAGCGGUACGUUCACCGGCAACUCGGAAGAUGCGGCGAAGAAACAAAUCGGAACGUUUAAAACGCAGAUCGGCGGUACCAAGGUGACUACUGCUACGAAAUUCUCGGCGGCUAAAGGGAAUUUUGGUGUUGGUGAGCUGGGCAGUAGCAGCGCCGCUCCGUCGCCGGCAUCGGGAAGUAACGCAGCGCCUACUAGCACUGAAGCUGCUCAGAAUCCUUCAACUGAGGCAUCAACGUCGCAGGGUUCGACGUCGACAGAGACUACUCAAGCUCCGACUGCGGCACCGAACCCGGAGACCCCUUCGACGACGGAUUCGCCUCACCAGGGCGACUCGGAGACGGAGGCGCCGUCUGUCAACGCUCCUGCUGCUACACCUUCAGCGAAUGCCCCGGCAACGGCGCAGACACCUGCACCAGAAAUGCCACUAGGUACCGUCGCACCGUAUUCAGACGACUCGGGAUCUGGUAACUCGAUUCUGCAGUGGGGUCAUGUGACGCAAGGAGCUGCUUCUACGAGCUCUGAAAAUUGAGUCAAACCAAAUUGAUGUAGUGUUUGUGAGGCACUGUUGAUGAAAUCAUGGAAGAAAUGGACAAGCUUGAUGUUUGUAUGUGUAGUGGUGCUCGACGAAUAAAUCACUAC